CCUUUCAAGUGGGGUGGUCCCGCUUCGAAUGUUUGAAGGACAGCCGGCCACUGCAUAACUAAUUUACUAUAAAAACGUGACAUAUGGCUGAUAAGGCCAUUAUACAUACAUUAGUGGAUAAGAGAUAGAUUUUGAAGAGGAAACUAUGAUUGUUUUGGUUCUUUCCUUUUUGCUAACCUGCGUGGCAGCAACUCCCAAUUAUCCCGCAGUUUAUCCUGGUUUGAGUGUUCUUGGAUCAUCUUACCAUUAUGAUCCCAUCGUUGCCAAAGCAGUGCCUGUUGCACCCACAGUUGCUGUUGCUGAGCAUACCAAAGGUGACAUUUCAUACACCCUCACUGAUGUGAAAAGUCCCACUGGAGCUCUAAAACAGCAGACAGCAGUUGGCAAGGAUGCUCUCGGGGGCCACACCAUCCGCCACUCCGCCCAGGCCACCAAUGUGGACCCUCACUCUGGCCAGACUGAUGUGCAACACGAUGAGCACGAAUUUCACAUCAACCCAUACUUGGGUGCUGCUGCAGUGCAUACCAAUAAUGCUGAAGGAUCCCUCAACCCUUCAAUAGGUCAAGCAGCCUUUGCUCAAAAGACUCACGAAGCCAAAAUAGCUCCUGGUCACGCAUCGGUAGCCGACGUAAAAGAGACAGCUGAAGUGUCAGCUUUCAGCAGCGCAGCCAGCAGAGACGUCAAUGCAGCCAGGACAGACGCUGUUCACGAUGGAAUAGCCAAGAAUGCUCAUACAUCUCACAAGAGUUACCUCAAUGCACCAGGCAUCGGUGGAAGUUCUAAGGUAGCUGAAGUCAACCACCAGAGUUUUGAUGGUCCAGGCUAUGGCAAUCUGCACUACGAUUCUCAAUCAGCUGAUGAGGCCUACGACGCUCAUGGACGAGCAGCAGCCAACGAGCAAGGAUACAAAUUGGAUCAAGCUUACGACGCUCGUGUAAACCUCGGAGCCAGCAACGAGCUUCAAUACAGUCGCCACGCUGCACAUGAUCCCUACGGCAACUACGGUGCAGUUACACAAACAAAACAGUCAACUCACGGGGGUCAACUAGUCCCUAUUGUACAGGAACAGCCAGCUGUUGUUAUUCCUCAGCCAGUAGUCUACAGCGAACCAGAACCUGUCUACCAGAAACAAACCUCUUAUUAUGAGCCAGCUCCAAUUGCUUACCAAAAGAAAUCAGCUUUAGUUUACAAUGAGCCAGUUCCUGUUAUUUAUCCUAAACAAAGAGCUUUAGUCUAUGAUGAGCCAUUACCUGUUUCAUACCAAAAGCACUCGACGCUGUACUACGAACCACGAGCCAUUUACAAGCAGCCUGUAGUCUACGGGAAAUCUCAUUAUUCCGGCGAUGGGUAUUACCGCCAUGGUUAUUAAUUUGUGACACCACAAACAAACUUUCGACGAUUAUUUCUGUCGCUUAAAUGCAAGAACACACCAACUUUCAAACUACAAAAUACUGCCAACUAUGUUUUAAAGUAUUGCAAUAAGUACGUUCUGCUUUCUAACACGGCAUGAGUUUUAAAAAAAGCGAUUAUCUGUCUGGCUUUCUCACAGAUAAUCAGAAUGCGUGAAUUUCAGUCAAGCAUUGAUAUUGGUUGUUCUUGCAUUUAAACCUUAGAUUUUUAAUUUUUUUUUUUAAAACGGUACUUGUAGAUUUUUUUAAAGUUCUAGAAGUUUUUUUUAUUUUCUCUCAUGGAACUGUCAAAAUAGAUUCUUUUUUUAAAUCAGUUUUCAAGGUAAUUUUAAUCCGUUAACACGUGAUUCAGGAAACACGAGAUUCAGAUAAAAAAUGUAGCUCAAAAAGAGUGAAAUAAGUCCAUAUAAAAUUUCUAUUAAAGCUUUUAUCAUGCCUAUUCACGAAGUCUGCUUUGCACACUUCUGCACAGUUUAAUAAUCAUAUAGAAAUUAGUCUAUUUUGUGUAUCUGUAAACAUUUUUAAAUUAUUAAUGAUAAUCCAGUUAAACACACAUUGAUAUCGAUAUCACAAGCAACUACUUUUAUUGAUAUCAAUGGCAAACCCCCUAAAGUGAUAACGAUUUAUAUAAAAUUACAUGUUUUCUGAGGAAAUUGAAUAAUACAUUUAAAAUAAAACCUUUAUGUUAUAACUCUCUUUUUUUUUUAAAUAAAAAACAUUGGUGAUCUUAUCACAGGUAAAAAUUUAAUCAAUUUGUUAAUAAAAAAAAGGAUUUAAAAUUCUCCGCAAAUGUGAUCAUUUGUGACAAUAGAAGUUUAGAGGAUUUUUGCUACGAUAAAUUAUUGUGACUAUGUAGUACUUCUGUGGUGUUAUAAUUUUAAACCAAAUAAAAAGAUUUACUGUAAA